GGCACAAAACACUCCAAAAGCGGCAGGGUUUUCCGUGUCAAAUCGCCAUCUUGGACGGGGCACGUUUUCAGAGGACUGGUGCCGAAUUUACGAAUCUGCUUGGGCCCUAUGUUCGAAAGCUCGUAGGAUUUUCGCUAGCUUCGGAAAAUAAGAUCGGAUGGCGGGAAAGCACAGACGGAAGAACAAUGUUUGAUUUGGUAUCAAACACGGCCAGGAUUUCGCGCGGUUCCUGCGCCUAUUUUUCUAAGGGAUACGGUCUUUCCGCGACUUUUCCCAAAAUGUCUUGAAUGCAGUUAUUUUGAGUCCCGAUUUAAUUUUUACGUCAAAAGAAUUUAUUGAAAAUCAGCAGGGUAGUCCGAUUCUUGAAUCCCUGAAUGUCUUCGCUAUGAUUUUUGUUUUGUAGAUUUCUCUUCUGUUCUCGCGCAAUUAUUUUUGAAACCUCACUCUAAUUUUCAAGUUUAUCUGUGAAAAUGCAAAAGAGAUUCAGUCUCGGAAAGUACAUGCGUGAGGCUAAAUUAAAGAGACAGAAGGUGAUCGACGCUUCGCGAGAACUGCAGAACCUGGAGGAUGAGUUUUCUUCCCUUCAGCAAAGCAUCGUUGAGAAGAAACUCGAGUUGAAAGCGAAGCGAGAAAAGCUGAGGAGGCUUAGCAGAAAGGUAGAUUCAGACAGUCGUAUGGAAGGUAACAGUCAGGAAGGAGGCAGUCAGAAGGGGUUUUUAAAUGAAAAGGCAGUGUAUAUGAGGAGGAAGAAUCCGACAUGCUUCACUGAGGGAGGGGUCAUGCAACCUGGGGAGAGGACAAUAAGAAGUCGGCGGGCAGAGACCUACAGAGCGUCACAAGAAAUCCAUGGGGGAUCAGCAGAAGUUGGGCUCGUCGAUGCUGCUCUAGUGAAAUGUAGCGAGAAGGUUAUCUCCCAAGGAAUAGAAAGGAACAAAAGAAUUAGAAACAAAAUUAUCCCUAAAUUUUAUAAUAAUAAUGUUAAAGUCUUUGAAAAGUCUAACGAUAACAUGCUAAGAAGUGUAGGUCUCUAUUAUGCUGGGGGGAUAAUGGGAAAGGGAAAGUAUCGCUCUGUCUAUCGCCAUAGUAGCUAUAGGACUCUUCCUACAAAAUCAAAAUCCCUACGGAUGAAGGUUGGCAAGUCCAACAUUCCAAGGUUAGUGCCUUACAAUAAGUUAAUGCCAUUCAUCAAUUCCAUUGAUAUUGGACUCCUGAGAAGUGUGCGGGAUGACUUCUGUGCAGACCUGCCAGAGGUGGAAAAGGUAGAUGGUAUGUACCGUCCUAUACAGGACAUGCUUUUAAAGCUUGCCCACCACUAUCUUACACAGGAGCAAUAUCCGCUGAAGUGGUUCAAUGGGGAAACUGAUACAUUUUAUGUUUCCAUAGGUGGUGAUGGCGCGCCCUUUGGGAAAGAUGACACAGCUACAGCCUUUCUUGUCAGCUUUCUCAACAUCGGUCGGGGUGUCCUAAGCAGCAAUGAAAAUUUCUUGCUGUUUGGGGCAAAUUGUGCUGAGAACUGUACCCCUGUUGCACGCUUUGUAAAAGACCUUACUAAAGCAAUUAAAACUAUUGAAAGUUCAACAUUUUCUGUUAUUUGCAAUGGUAAUCCUGUAGAAGUCAAAUUCCGCAUCUCAGAGCUACCAAAUGACAUGAAAAUGCUUUGUUUUCUUGGUGGUGAAUUGAGCAACAGUGCUCAGUAUUUCUCUUCUUUCGCAGAUGUCCGUCUUGAUAACUGUGCCGACCUUUCUGCUACCUUUGGUGUAUCUGCAGAAUGCAAAUGGCAACCCUGGCAGUAUGCAGAUCGCCUAAAAGUCGUCAAAAGUGUUGAGAAGCUGAAAAAAGAUCUCAGUCAAAAAAAGCUUGCUUCAUCUACAAAAAGAGCAAAGGUCACCUCCCAUAUUGCAAACCUUGGCAGCAGACAAGAGUUUGUACCACUGGUCGAGGACCUGAUUGACAGAGCACAUGUAGAUCCCCUGCAUUUAAAAAACAAUGCUGUUGCUCUUGCUCAUCGCUAUCUUUUGGGUGAAGUUAUAGCUCAAUCAGGUCUCAAGAGUUCUAACACUAUUCUCUUUUCACAGAUCCCCUCCACCAACCCCUUUGCAAUCUACAUCAAGUGCAUGAGGGAACAGUGCAGUUUACCCCGACUCGCAAAGAAGGUGGUGAGAUGGUUCAAUGAAACUCAGGGUAAAGGGAAAGACUUUGAUUACAGAUUUACUGGUAGAGAUUCUAGGCUCUUUCUCCACAAUUUUAUGUUAUUAAUUUCUUCUGUUGACAGCAACGAUUCUUCAUCUUCAUCAAGUAGAGUGAACACUGUUUAUCACUCAAUUGCCUAUUUGUGUCUCUGUUUGCGUGAGUGUGUUUUUCUUUUUUCUAGGCUAGAGCUUUCAGAGGAGCAGUUAGAAAUGUUGAGGUCUUGUUGCCAUAAGUAUUUUUGUAUUAAUGUCUACUACUUUAAAGCAAACCCUACUGUCUGGACUAUUGGUCAUAUAGUCCCUGCCCACACUGCACACAUGCGAUCCCUAUAUGGAUUGGGGCUUGGCCUUAAUUCUAUGGAGGGUCGCGAAGCUAAGCACAUAGCCAUCUCAAAGUACAGUGCACACACCCUACCACAGCAAAGGUGGCAGCAAAUCUUUAAACAUGAGUAUGUUUCCCUUCUCUGGCUGAGACAGAAUGGAUACUCCCCUAAGUCAACAGCUCAAUCCAACCUCUCCUAUCUUCCUGAACGUGUCAGCCGCCCUGAUUACUGUAUUUGUGGGAUGCACAAGGACACCUCUAAGGAGAGGUGUACCUACUGCGAGCAUCCAUUCAGACUUGAGCUUGAGUUACGUAUCAAUGAAGCACAUAAUCAUCAACAACUUGGUACAUAGUCAUGUUAUGUUCUACUUCUUCUAUGUAUUAUUUGUAGCUUGCAUUACUAACUUGCCAUCUUAUUAAUAUUAUUUCAGCCAAAUGAAUCUUCUUUUUAUUACUUUUUUGCUUGAGAUAUUAAAAUCUAGUUUAAUUGUUUGCUCCUGUGUUAGAUAGUGAUGUGCAAGCUUUAAAAUAUCUUAGGGGUAAGAAUUACUGUGCUGUCACUUAGGGUUGCACUACUAACAUGUUUCCAUUAUUUCUCUGUUCUUUUUUUAUCUUGCCUUGCCAUACAUCCAAAACAUGUUUGAUGUAGACACACAAAUGUGUGCAUUAUGCUGUAUUAUAACUUGUGUACAUGAUAUAAAUGUUGCAUCCAAACAUUCCUUGGUGGCUGAUUGCCAAGGCUCUAUUAGUGAUGUCAAAUAAUAAAGGUAUGUAUAAUCCUGGAAAAAAAAUGUUUGAUGUACUCUGAGGUGGAUUGUCUCCUAAAAAAGGUGAGGAAAAAGAUGUAAGAGACUAAUUUGAUAGAAAAAAAGAAUAUAUUUGUAAGCAUCCACUGGUUAAAUGAUUUUUUUUAUGAAUGAUAGACUUUGAUAGGUGAUGAAAUAUUUUUUUAUAUAAAAUGUUUGAUUUUCUAUUAUCUUUAUUGAACUUUAUUUCGUAAUUUAUCUUAUGGCAGCCUAAGACAGAGUUGAUAUACUUUCUACUUAUCCCAUUAUCUUUAUAAAUGCUAAAUGCAGAUCUAUUGUUAAUUACAUAAAAAGCAAAUAAAAAAAGACAUAUUUGUAUGUUAAGUUUGGAAUACAUUCGGUCAAUAUAUUAUUUCAAAUCAUUAGCAACUCUUUUUUAUGAAUAAGAACAUUGUUAUAGUGAUGCAGUGAGGUCUAUGAUAAAUUUGAACACAGUAUUUCAAUGAUGAAAAAUCUGGGUUUAGAAAAGGUGUUUAAAAGUAAAGCUGUCCACUCACAAGAGUGCAUGUUGGCAGAGCAUUUACUGUAUUGUGUUCUUACAUAAAAAAAGUGUGAUUGAUCUGCUUUCGGCAUAAUAUAAAGUGGCUACCUAAUGCAGGUUCAUAAGAAAUGUAAGGAAACUGGAAUUGUAUUUCCCUUAGUAAAUAUGUAAUGUAUAUACUAGAAUCAGGGAAGAAAAAAUCAACAUUCUUCGAUUGUACUUAAAUUAAAAUACUUUAUUAUAUUGGUAUUUUUUUCUUUAUUGAGGUUUUCAAAAUCCCAUGCAACAAAAUGUUGCAAAUAUUCACAAAUAUUUUUGUUUAUACUGUACAAAGUGAUCUAUUCUAUCUGAAAAUAAUAGUUAUGUAAUAUUUGAAUUCUGAGGCAUAAUACUGUAAUGCUGAUAUAUAUAUAUAUAUAUAUUCUGAUAUAUCCAUAACUAUUAGUUCUUGCCAAUAUUCAUUCUGUCAUACAACAUUUCUUUGAUGUUCAUUGCUGAAAGCAAUUAAGGAUUUAGCAAAAAAGUAAAAAAAACCAAUUUAUUUGAAAAAUAUUUAAUAUAAUCUUGCUUCAAUUUUAGAAGUGGUCAUGCCUUUUAUGGUAAUGAAGACCAUUUUAAUAAAUACUUUAUUCAUAAGAUAAUAAAUAAUAUUAUAAGAUUAUCAUAUCAAUUUAUAAAUAUAUAUAUUUACAAUAUUUAUUGAAUUGUUACAUAUUUUGUAACCUCUAUUUCUGAAAUAAAUCUUGCAAUUUCAUA